AUGGAUAAAGAAACACCUUAUGUGCCUCCGCAACCAUACAAACCACCUAUACCCUAUCCCCAAAGGCUUGCCAAAUCCAAAAAUGAAGGACAAUUCAAGAAAUUCGUGGAACUUAUGAAGCAACUAAACAUAACUAUACCACUCACAGAAGCCAUUACUCAAAUGCCUUCAUAUGCUAAAUUCCUUAAAGAAAUUAUAUCCAACAAGAAAAAUCUUGAGGAUGAAGAAACUAUUAUGCUUACUGUAGAAUGCAAUGCUAUCAUUCAAAACAACAUGCCUCAUAAACUAAAAGACCCUGGUAGUUUUUCCAUACCAUGCGUAAUCGGAAAAUUUAUCAUAGGCAAAGCUUUAUGUGAUUUAGGAGCUAGUGUUAGUUUAAUGCCCUUGUCCACAUGCAAAAAACUCAAUUUGGGAGAAUUAAGACCAACAAAGAUGUCUCUACAACUAGUUGACCGUUCCGUUAAAUUUCCCAUAAGUAUGCUAGAGAACGUUCUCGUUCGAAUAGGACAAUUCUAUAUUCCUACCGACUUUGUGAUAAUGGAUAUAAAGGAGGAUUUCAACAUCCCUAUUAUUCUAGGAAGACCCUUUUUAUCCACAGUCAUAACCAUCAUAGAUGAUAAGAAAGGAAGGCUAACAUUCGAAGUCGGAGAAGAAAAAGUUGAAUUUCUCUUAGCUAAAUUUCUACAAGAACCAGCUAUAGACAAAUCAUGUUGUCUCUUAGACUUCAUAGACGAAUGUGUGAAAGAAAUGGAGAAGGAACCAAUUAGGUAUAUUGAAGUACUGAAAAUUCCAACACCUCCUCUAUUUGAAGAUGAUAAUCAACAUGAGCCAUAUGUGGAUAACAGUCUGAGAGAGUGUCUAGCACUAACCCCAAAUCCAAUACCAUGCCCUAAGAAACCUUCAUUAGAACUUAAAACACUACCAAAAGAUCUAAGGCAUGAAGUCCUGGACACCGGGCUUGAAAGGCCAGUUAUAGUCAACAGUGAUUUAGGACAGAUAGAAACCGAAAAAUUACUCCAUGUCUUAAGAAAAUAUCCAACAGCUCUAGGCUAUACCAUAUCCAACUUAAAAGGAAUAAGCCCCUCUAUAUGUAUGCAUCAAAUUAUGCUAAAGGAGGACUGUAAAACCUGCAGAGAGCAUCAGAGAAGAGUAAACCCCAUGUUGAGUGAUGUAGUCAAAAAGGAGGUACAAAGGCUAUUAGAAGCAUGA